ACGAAAUUGUGUUGGUGCAACCAUAUGACGGUUGAUAUGACCAUCACAAUUAGAACAAUUUGUUGACGAAGGUUCAUUUGAUCCGAAAUUACAUCCUACGGCAAAAGCGUUACAUGGUGGGUGCAGUCCUGGAUGCAUUAUUACGAAAUUCUUUUAAAAUUUGACUUGUGUUGAGAAUUGGUAUCGUAAGAACGAGAAAAACUGGAAAAUGUAUACGCCGUGUGUCAAAAUUUCUUCUCAACCACAUGUUAUAGGACUUGAACUUUCACACAGUCCAGAAACACAUUUGACAAAAUCCAACCGUCUUCCUAAACUCAGCUAUUUGCCAUUUGGUUACAAGAUGGCAAUCAGCGCUUCAAUAUUAAUUAUUGCUUAUGCUUAUUCUCAAAUAACUCAGAACGACAACCCAUGUCGUUAUCACCUCAAGAAACACUUAUUAUAUAAUUUCCGACACAGACGGUAAACGACUGUAAUUUGAUUCCCUCUUUAUCGCGAAACAUGAGGCACUUGAACUCAAUCUAUAUUUCUUGCAUAUGCACUAAUUUACCGGACUGUCACCAAGAGCAAAGCGACACAAACGUUGGCGCCUUACUCUCACUCUCUUUAAUCUCUCAUUCACUCUCUCUCUCUCUCUCUGGAUUCCCUUAUUAUUGAACUGUAUUGAUCUUAGCGCAACUCCAAGCACCUCCCAUUAGAAUAACAAUAAUAAAUAGAUCAAGAAAUUUGCCUUAGACUUGAGUUAGCUUUACGUUUGAAAACCUUAAUAAACGCAGUCUGUUAACAACCAUCAUCGGGAUAUCAUGUAAUAUUACCAGAUAUCACAGAAGUCAAUAAAUUACAGCUUUGUUGCUGCUAAGUAUGCAACUAAAUGAACGGUGUUUAUUCUGACAAUCGGGAACAGACAUUGUACAUUAGACAACAAAUAAGCAGUGAGUAAAAAGGGAUGAAUCUUUUUACGGAACUAAUGUCUAUCUUUGGCAACAUAUUUAAUAGAGAUCACAGUGACUGGAUUGUGUCUAACUUUCAUACUGAAAGCAUAACUCGACUCAAAGAUAAGGAUUUUCUUCGAGAAAGACACUACCACUAUAUUCGGCCUUCUCGUUCACACACCCAUACUAGCACAUCGAUACGAACUUCAAGUGCCUCCCGUAGGUAAACUGUAGAUUAAGAAUCGAACAAUAAAACAUUGUUAGUUUACUGUGCGUUUCGGUGUCGUUGGAAACGAACGCCCUCAGUGAAACAUUCCAUAUGGCGACCGUGACAGCCUAAGUUAAAACUUAGCAAAAGUCGGUAUGGCCAAUUAACCAGGCAAAGCGGAACUGAAAACUGCUAAAAUUGGAAAUGAAGUGUAUAGUUUGGGCGCCAGGCGUCAUCAGUCGAGAACAAAGCGACUUACGUCCAUAGACAGAUGUAGUAUUACAAAUCAAAUCCUCAUGGUUCAAAUCAAUCUUCAAAUUUCCAGUACUUGCCAGUACUGUACUCGUCAUUCACAUUUGUUAAAGUCUGUUUGUCAUAAAUUACAUCACAGCCAAAUUGCUUCCUAGAAGAUCUCCGGAAACCUUCCAUAAAAUAUGCAUAAUAAAUAGCGACCCUCAGUCAGCAGUUUAACGUUUACCAAACUGUGCAGUUAAAACAUUCUCACUUCCUUUAUUUUGAGACCUUCGUAAUUGUUACCACAUGUGUGCAAACAACGCAGGCAAGUUUUGAAAACUCACUCGCUUCGCUCGUGCAGUAACCAAGCUUUCUCCAUACCUUUGAAGUUUUCAAUAAAACACUUUCCGUCAACCGUCCAAAGAGUUCGCAUGUUCUCUCGUGAACUAAAACUAUCCGAAGUUCCGAUGCCUGAUACCAAAUGGCAUACCGUGACAGUGAGUGAUAACGAACAGUAGAAGAAACAACAGUGAUAACGAACAGUUGAACAGUGAAAGCAACGAAGCAACGACAGUGAUAACAAACUUUAGAAGCCUCACAGUGUUGGUGAAGUGCCAGAAAAUCAGCGCCAGAAUAAUGGGUUGGUUCACAUCGGAUAAUUUUGUGACCAACAAUGUCGCGAUCCCGACAACGGAAUUAAGAAUAGCCGUCGGUGCGGUAGUUACGGUAGUGGUAAUUGUAGUAAUUUACCUACUACUCAGAGUGUACAAUAAGUACCAGAAAAAAGGGAUGCAAAACUCGAUACGUCGAGAAAUACAAUUGAACAAUGUAAGAACGGACAAUACAGGUGCAAACAAUUAAAGUGUCUUACUGUGGAACGACCAAAUCAAAAACAAUUAUGUGCAAGCAACGGUGCGGAAAAGGAAAUAAUCAAUACCAAUAAUCAGAAGAAGACAGUGCGCAGUGCUUAUUUACAAGGCUUCGACCUUGAUGGCCAAUUUGUGCUAACGGACACGAAACGAAACGUGAGCUGAACUGAAGAAAAGUGCAAAAAUCGUAAAACGUCGAAACUUUAUGUGAAGAACAUCAAUUCGAAGAAUGUGAAGACAUCAAUACGGUGCGGAGAGUGAUAAGUAGACCAAAACCUACAGACGCCAUGGUAAGCAGAGAUAUACAGCUGUGAUCCAGGAAAUCGUGAAACCAAGGAGGAGCCAAACAUCACAGAUAAGUAAAAAGCAAAUGUAGAAUCACAACCUUUAUAAACAAUUAUAAUAAUUUUCUUAUAUGAUUAUAUACAAAAAAAAAUUCAAUAAUUCCACUACAUAACAAUGAGUAAUGCCGUACGAAACUUACAUUCUUAAUUUGGAUAAACUAUUAAGAAUCGAACAAAACAUAAGAAAAUCAAUUAACAAAAAUACCAAACCUGAUACGUUACAAAGUAAUUUAGUGACAGCUCGUUUUUUAUUCCAAGAAAUAGAAAAAGAGCUUAUAGAAAGGCAAGACGAAAUUGCCGAUACACAACUUUUUACGUAUAUUAAGAAGGCUAGAAACGCAAUAGGUUAUAUUGAACAGACUUGCAAAAGCAAGAUAGUAAAGAUACCCAUUCCUCACAAUCAAAAUCACACAAAUAUGGCUUUCGAUGCGAGAUUAGCCGCCUCGAUACUAUUACCAUUCGAUGGGGACAGUGAAAAACUGUCCAGUUUCAAAGACAGUGUAAAAUUUCUAAAAACAGCAACAGAAGCGGCAAAUCACCCAACACUCAAACUUUUCAUAAUAACCAGAAUCUCAGGCAAGGCACGCGAUGCAUUGCCUUCCGACAUCGACGAUAAGUCGAUCGACGAAAUCAUUGAACAAGUAAGCAAAAGUUGCGAAAGCAAGAUAACCUCAGAGCAGGUACUUGCCAAACUAAAGACUAUAAAAAUGGGGACAGCAAAACAACAAUACUGCGAAGAAGUUGAAUCGCUUUGCAGUCAGUUGUCCAGAGCAUACAUUAAAGAAGGCAUCCCACAAGGGAUAGCCAAGAAAAUAGCUACGAAAGCAGGCGUGGAAACGCUGAUUAAAACCGUUUCCGCAGAAAAUGCGAAAAUCGUACUACAAGCGGGUUCGUUCCCAACAAUCGAACAAGCUAUCCAAAAACUUAAUGAGCUACCUGACAAUACCGAAAGCAAUGAGGUCACCCGUGUUUUCAAUGUAAACACAAAUCAAAAGCGAUUCCAAAAUUUUAACCAGGGUCAGCAAAGAAACUGGAGAAGAGGUGCAAAUAAUAAUAAUAACACUUUUACACGCCGUGGCCCCCAUUCGUAUAAUCAACGUUUCAAUUAUGCACCACGCUUCGACAAUCGACCGCAUAACGGUAACUAUCGUGGUCGCAAUGACUACCGUGGUCACCCACCUCAAGGGCGACAAUCGCAUAGAAUGUAUUAUGCUGACGCGCAAAAUGCCGUACUAGCAUCAAACCCAACAUACUUGCAACAACCUCAAGUUCAAAGUCAAGGCCAUCCGAUCUGGAACAUGAGCCCUCAACAACCGCAGCAACAUUUAAACAAUCAAACACAGAACCAGAAUUUUUUAGGAACAAUGGGUCAAUAUACUCAAUCAAUGUAGCAGCGUCUAAUUUCGUCAUUUUAUCAAUAAGCGCUUCAAACCAACCAUGUUCUUUCUUAGUUGAUUCAGGAGCGGAUAUUUCAUUGCUAAAAUUAAAAGUCCUAAAUCAAGGAAUACCGUUCAACCCAAAUAAUUCAUGUGUGUUACGCGGGAUAACACCUGGCGAAUCUGAAAGUUUAGGAACUAUCAAUUGUUUAUCAUACAUACAAGACACCGCUUUAAAUAGCACAUUUCACCUAAUUAACAACGAUUUCCCGAUACCGACCGAUGGUAUACUGGGAAGAGAUUUCUUGACAUCAUAUCGAUGCGAAAUAAAUUACGACUCAUGGAUUGUAACCGCAAACGUAAACAACAAUCGAAUAGAAAUCCCGAUACAGACAAACCUGAAUGGAUCUACUUGGAUCCCUGCCAGGUCAGAAGUAUUUAGAGUAAUAAAUAACCUUAAUACAGAUAAGGAUGUAGUACUCACCUCAUCCGAAAUUGAACCUGGCGUAUUUUGUGCGAACGCCAUUGUAAAUA